AUGCUGCACUCAUGUCGCCGGCUGGCGCGCACCCUUCCAUUUAUGCCGAUGGCCCUCAGUUCCCUCAACCUACUGGAGCAUCGCCUGCAGGCAACUGGGCUGGGUGGGACCACCAGCACCCCUGCUGCUCCAAAGUCGCUUGCGGCGCCUAGUCUCAGCAGCGAUAACAGCGAGUCAGAGAAAAUGCGUCAGCUCAAAUGGUUCAGCAGCAGUGUCGACGCCCCAUUCUUCAUCUCCCCAAAGCAUGACGGUGUGCGCCUCAUCUCGUAUGUCCCUCCUACGACAGCAACAACGCCGCCGUUGUCGUCGUCGCAGCACGCGUCAAAUAAGAAAAGGACGAAGAGGGGCGCCACCACGGGCAAGUCUCCGCCGCUGACGACGUGCUACUCGCGCUACGGACGGCCCAUCUACGGUCUCUUCUGGAUUGAAGAGGAGCUGCGCCUCCUGCGGGCUCUCUGCGGCGACGCCUCACUCAUCAUCGACGGGGAGCUGUAUCUGCACCGGACCGACAUGGAGGCCUCGCAAGCAGGGCAGCAAGGCCAGCCUAAAGCCCCAGAUAGUAGGAGGAAGAAACCAGCUAGAACUGGGCUGCCGUCUUCCAAUGCCGACGGCGCUCGCCCUCUGCCCACUAGAGCCGACACCUUCCAUAGCGGCUUUCUCGCCGUCUCUGCGCUUGUCCAUAGAUUUCGCGGCUCCGCCAGCCAGUGCACGAGCAAGGAAGGUGUCCUGCAGUACGUCCCCUCUCUACCUCGCCUCUGCGUAUUCGAUGUUCCGUCCUACAGCCCGUGCGCCAAUCCGCUAGCCCCCCUCACACGCACGCUGCCGACCGCCAUCUCAGCAGUGUCACGUCUUCACUCCUCGACCAAAGCCUCCGUGACGGAUGGUGGGGGCUCUCAGCGAGUCUUGGCAGAGAUCCAGCGUGUCCGCAGCGACGUUAUCAGCGCACUUCGACUCAAUGAUGUGGAGCAGCUGCGCAUCGUCCCCAACUUGACACUCUUCUCGCAUCGACUCCGCACCAUGCACUAUCUCUUCGAGCUGCUCUCACGCGCCAUGGAGUCGCCGGUGCUGCUACAGCACUUCUGCCCCACAGCUGCGUCCCUGUGCAACGCAAGAAAGACACGCGCGGCUGGCGAUUGGCGAACGCCUACAGCCAUAGCGGCGCAAAUGCAGCCCCUACAUAGCGGAAUCGCUCCGUAUCACGGCGGACACUUCGUGUCUCGCAUCCCGUAUCAACUCGUGGCGUCCCUCGAGGACACCACGCAGCGGGUGCUGCCCGUGUACCUGAAUGCGGGCUACGAAGGCGCCGUCAUUCGCGCUCCGGUGAACACAUACGAAUUCAAGGAGAAGACGAAGGGCACGCUCGCUGCGCUGGUCGCUCCGCUUCUGCGGGCCACUGAGACGACAAAGACUCGCCGAAGUCUGCACCUGCGCGGGAAAAACGCUGGCGGAAGGGAAGUGAGUGGUCGCAGCGCCCGAAACCGUGCCGCUCUGCUACUCUCCCUAAACACCGGAACUGCACGAGGCGCAGCUACACCACUGAUGGUGCGCGCAUACAGGGGCAAUGUUCCUUGUUGUGAACCAGCGCAACCCGCCUCGCCCGCUGAUGCAGGCCUCACUGAUGCUGAGCUGGAUGUACUGGAUGUUGUAGCCAUGGGCCGCCGGGCGAUCUUGCAAAGCGCAAAACUGACGUGGCGCUCAAUGACCGCUGUCAAAGUACUUACAUAUCACGAUCGCGAGUACCCCAUCCUUCGCCCGCUGCUGAAGGAGCCGUCGACAAACCCCAGAACGCGGGAGCUGGUGUCCAUUCCACGAGCACGCGCGCGUGCACUCGGAUACCUCAUAAAGCCAAACGCCGACGUAGCAGUCAGCAGUGGCGACAGGGAGACCACGCUGACUCCUGCCACCCCACAACGUGAGAGGAAGAAUACCAUGAGGAACGACACCACUACUGACACGGGUGCGGCUGUGUGCUUCUACGGACUUCAAUGCUUGGCUGAGAAUGGACUGGUCUUUAACGUUUCCCUUCCAAAGCUGACCCUCGCUCAACAGAGGACACUGCUGCAGCACCUCCUCAGUGCGGGCCGCGACGUGAUGCGGAAUAGAAGCCCCUCCGCAUCUCCCACCAAGACGCGUAAUAACAACAAGAAGUUGAACGUCAAGGGACCGUAUGAGGAGGCUGCCUCUCUGAGGCCCUCUAAGAUGGUCUCGCUCACAGGGCUCUACGCGACAGUGAAGUUCAGCACCCUCACGGAGCACGGUCUGCCGCGUUUUGGCAGCGUCAAGGCCAUUCGUGGCGGUAAAGGGUGGUUCAUGUGA